AUGGGCUCGGUAACAGAAACACAACAGUAUGAAAUUCCCACCCACUGUAAGGCGGGUGUCGUCGUCAAUGAAGGUCCAAAGUUCCAUGUAGAGGUACAAAUGGUACCAGUUCCUGAGCCUGGUCCCGACGAUGUCUUGAUUAGACUGAACUUCACGGGCCUCUGCUCCUCGGACAUCCAUAUGAUGCAAGGCGACCUGGGCGCACCUCCCAUGUCAACGUUCGGGGUGCGAUCACCCGGUCACGAAGGUGCAGGGGUCGUUGUCAAAGUCGGUGCCAACGUGAAGAACUUUAAGCUUGGAGAUAGAGCCGGUAUCAAGCCGCUCACUGAUACAUGUGGAUCUUGCCACUUGUGUUGGGAUGAUAAGGAGACGUACUGCAAAAAGGCGAUUCAUACUGGAUUGAUGACUGCUGGUACAUACCAGCAAUAUCUAGUUUCUCCCGCACGGUAUGCCUCGCCGAUCCCCGACGGUGUUCCUGAUGAGAUUGCUGCGCCAAUUAUGUGCAGCGCAAGUACGAUGUACAGGUCGCUCCUUGAGUCCAAUCUCAAAGCAGGCUCUUGGGUAGUCUUCCCAGGUGGCGGGGGUGGUGUUGGUAUCCAGGGUGUGCAGCUAGCCAAGGCUAUGGGCAUGCGUCCCAUCGUCGUGGACACCGGAAGUGAGAAACGGGAUCUGUCGAUGGAAAUGGGCGCAGAGGCAUUCGUCGAUUUCAAGUAUGACGAGGAUACCGCCAAAGCUGUUAUCAAGAUUGCAGAUGGAGUUGGUGUUCACGGUGUCUUUGUGACGGCGCCUGCUGCAUAUAAGACGGCUUUCUCGUUUGUUGGUGAGAGAGUAGGCUCGAUAGUGAUGUGCAUCGGACUGCCUCCUGUCAGGUCUGUGGUUCUGGGAGCAGAUCCCUGUGAAUUUGUUUUUAAGAAUCUUAGUAUCAAGGGGACCAUGGUGGGCAGUCGGCGGGAUACCGCAAUGGCUUUGGAUUUUGCCAGGCGUGGGAUGCUUCAGCAGAUUAGUGAGGUGUACCCUCUAAACAGACUUCCUGAAGCUGUCGAGAAGCUACGCAAGGGCCAGGUUGCGGGACGGAUUGUGGUCAAGUUCGACUGGGAAGAGUGA